AUGGUUUUAUCAGGAUUUUCUCGGACCUUCUCAAAUAUCAGUUCUGGAGAUGGAAGCCUCAGUAGAUCUCUUCAGGAUAAUAAUCAAAACUCUACCAUGAACAGAGCUUUUGGAAUUUCAAGAGGUAAACCUAAUUCUAAAACUCCAACGAGAACUCCGUCUCGCAAUGGCCUAGUCUCAGAUGACUCAAGUAACUCCUUCAAAAGGACACCUAACUCUUCCAUUAAAAAAAUACCAACGGUACACGAAUGUGAUGGUGACAGAUUUAUUCCCAACAGGUCAUCAACAAACAUGUGUAGGGCGCGGCAUGUAAUUCGGAAAUGCAACGAAGAUCCACCAAAUGAAGAGGCUGCUGAUUAUCAACAAGCCGUAGCAGAUAGUUUAAAUACUAAUGACUGUCCUGGAAGUCGGAUCCUCCGCUAUAAUGCUGCCAUUCGAGAUAGUGGUAAUGUACACUGCCCCACAAAUAGCUCAGUAUCCGCUGUAAAGGGACUCUAUAAGCGCGCUAUACCUCAGAUGCCAGAGAAAGUUCUCGAUGCUCCAGACAUUAUUGAUGAUUUUUAUCUAAAUAUUUUGGACUGGUCUAUGGACAAUAUUUUGGCUGUCGCGUUAAAUCAAGAAGUUUAUCUUUGGAACUCAUCUUCAGGAGAUAUCACUUGUCUUAUGUCCUGUGGUUUUGACGAUGAAUAUGUUUCGAGUUUGAAGUGGUCUCCUGAUUCUCCCAAUAUUAUUGCCAUUGGUCUUAGCGCUGGUCGUGUUCAACUUUGGGAUGUUUCCAGUCAGUCACUAGUACGUACGAUGCGACUUGGAGGUGUCAGUUCUGCCGGUCGCGUACCAGCCGUCACUUGGCGUGAAUAUCUAGUUUCUAGUGCGUCUAAAUCAGGACAUAUUAGACAUCACGAUACGCGGAUCGCUCAUCAUGAAGUCGGAGUUGGUGAUUUUCAUACCCAGGAAGUUUGUGGAUUGAGUUGGUCACCAGAUAAACGUUUCCUUGCAUCAGGAGCAAAUGAAAACUUUGUUUGUAUUUGGCCUUUUAGUGAUAUCUCAAAGCCUGAACAUGUUCUAAGAGAUCACCAGGCUGCCGUUAAGGCAUUAUCAUGGUGCCCUUGGAAACCAAAUCUUUUAUGCACAGGUGGGGGAACAUCAGAUCAUACUCUACGCUUUUGGAAUGCAACAACUGGAGCUUGUGUUAAAUCAGUUGAUGUAGUGGCCCAGGUUUCUGGUAUUAUAUGGAAUACAGAAUAUCGUGAAAUUUUAACUAGUCAUGGGGAUCCUCUUAAACAACUGGUUAUAUGGAAAUAUCCAGAAAUCACCAAAAUUACCCAUUUAGAGCAUCAAGGUCGUGUAUUGUGUGUUGCAUCGUCUCCAAAUGAAGAAAUGGUUGUUAGCUGUGCAUCUGAUGAAACUUUACGUAUUUGGCAUUGUUUUCAAGUUGAUCAAAAUAAGAAACGUAUUCAUGAAAAAAUUCAACGACCUUCUGUUUAUGCACGGGGUAUACGGUAA